AUGUCCUCCACGAGCCCUCGAAAGUCGGUAGAUAGUCUGGCAUCAGGAGUGUCAACUCCCUCUUUGUCCCAGUUUUCAUUGAGCCAAAUCGAUUCUCCGCGAGCGCCGCCCCAACGAUACCCCUUAAGGAGAGGGUCGACCGCGAGUUCUCUUGCUAGCAUUGGCGGAAUUCUAGAUUCGACUCAUCCACAUGAGUCGAUAGCAGAAGCCGGACAAAAUGCGAUCUCAACCCUUCUUCAGCCCCCAAUCGUUCGGACAGGAUUGCUACCUCAUACCGCGGUGACUUCGACCGGUUACAAGCCUCCAAGUUCUCGAGAUAUACCGCCUGUGACGCUAACGAACAUCCCGCAUGUGGAAUCCAAGGUCUUCCAACCAUACUUAUCGCAAGUUGGCUCUUUGUACGAUGUGUUUCAACAGGAAAGAGAAAAUAGUGCGGAUCGGGAUUUAGUGCGGGGACCAAAAGCCCCUCCAAAACAAGAUGAUUUGGGGUCGAUGCUGUCACGGGAAAGACGUCUGUCUACUAUCUCGACCAGCUCUCGCGCAACUUCAUCUCGCGCGACCUCACCUUACGGUUCAAGAAUACGGCAGUCUUCCAGUGGACAGCGACGCAGUCUGGGAGUCACACCUCUAUCUACAGUCCCUCCCGUUUACUUUGAAGACGACUUCCAUCUAGAGAACCCGCGAACGUUCGAUGUCGUGUCCGAGAAGUCAGAAGUAAUCAGACCGCCGUUAAGAGGUGCGAAGGAUGAUACGGCUGCGAACGGAACCGUCGCCGAACCGGCGCACAUGGGACGGAAGGCACUUGCCACAAACGCAAUUCUCCAAGAGAAGCUCUCGUGGUACUUGGAUACCGUGGAAAUGCACCUUAUUUCGUCAAUUUCUAAUGCAUCCAAAUCCUUCUUCACAGCGCUAGGAUCGCUGCGUGAGCUGCACUCGGAGGCUGCUGAUUCGGUGGAAAGGAUACAAACAUUGCGGAAGGACCUUCAGAAAAUAGAUAAAGAGAUGGCACUGGGAGGCCUUAAGAUUGUCACUCUGCGCCGUCGGCGAGAAAAUAUCCGAAUGCUUGCAGACGCGGUCGCCCAAUUGCAUGAAGUGGUGCAGUCGAUCUCUCGAUGCGAUGAAUUAGUCGAAAAUGGGGAUAUCGAGGAAGCUGCAGAUGGCCUUGAUGACGUUGAGAAGCUAAUUGCUGGUGAUGAACCAUCUAGCCAUACUUCUGAAGACGAUGGAACUUCGGGGCAGUCGAGAAGGCUUAUAGACUUGCGCAAGGUAAAAGCUUUGGAGUGUGCAUCGGCCGAUAUUUCACAACUGAGAUCUCGGAUUGGGAUGGGCUAUGAAAGUAGAUUAUUGGAUGAUCUUCUCAGCGAUUUGAGAAAACAUGUGCAGAGCGUUCCAGCCGACGUCACGCUCCAGCGGUGGGGAUACUCAUUCCAGCGACAGCGCGGCGGCCAGCGCUCAGCGGCUUCAGCUUCACCCGCUUAUAUGUCUUUUGACGAAACACUACGGUCAAGAUUGCACACUCAACUUAGUGGUCUAGCCCGUGCGCUUCAUAUAACUCCAGCAACGACCUCCUUCAAGACGGCGGUCCUGCGGGAGGUGAAGGGCCUAAUACGACAGCAUCUACCUAGUUCCAGUGAUGACGACACGGAAUCGAUGGUCUCUGUUUUGACGCAGAGUGACCGGCACCGGACUCAACAAGAAAAGUCGUCCAUUCUUGCUCGUAAUCUUCGCGCUUUGGAUGCAGAGGAUGCAUAUAACAUGUUUACACGCAUAUACACGGGUAUUAGCGAAUCUCUCAGAAGGCUCAGCGUUCAAGUUAAAGUGCUUCUCGAUCUUGCAAGUGGUCUCGGGAGCCCAGGAGCUGGUUCUAAAUCCUCGAGAAGUCCUAGUACACCGAACAUUGACGGAAAGGCAACAUCAGGGCCGGAGAAUGGGACUUCUUCAACUGUUAUGGCCCAGGAUGAAAUCUUGCAGGUUCUCGACAUGUCGAGUCUCCUUGGACAAGCUGUUGAUAUCGCCCAGUCACAGAUUGUCAAGGUGUUGAAGGUUCGGACUCCCCAGACACUGAAACUGCCAAAGAGAGACUUUGUAAAAUAUUUCACUCUCAAUCGACUCUUUGCCGACGAGUGCGAGGCCAUCUCUGGGAGAAGCGGUGCGGCAUUGAAGACAGUAGUAGGGAACCAAAUUCGCGACUACAUCACGAUGUUUGGUGAUGGCCAGCGACAUGGCAUUGUCGAAGUGAUGGACGCAGAUCGCUGGGAUGCAAAGGAUUUUGGGGAUGCUGAUAAUGCUAUCCUAUCUAGAAUUCUCGACGCAAGUACAAAGGACAUCGAAUUAUGGAUAGAGGCAUCCAGAAUAUGGUCACCUGCGGAUAAGACAGCACCAGCUGAAGUGUCUACAAACGGUACAGGAAAGGAAAAGGUCCGCAGUGCGGUGAUCGAUGAGCAAAAGUACAUUCUAUCGGAAUCAGCCAUAGAGAUGAUGAAGAGCAUCGAGGAAUUUGAAUAUUUCAUGGCGAACAUUCCCAACAUGAUGCAGGACCUUGCCUCCAGCUUGUUGGAGUCGCUGAAGUUAUUCAAUUCCCGCUCGUCGCAACUUAUCCUUGGCGCAGGAGCCACCAGGAGCGCGGGUUUGAAGAAUAUCACUACGAAACAUCUUGCCCUCUCUUCACAGGCAUUAAGUUUUAUUAUUGCAUUGAUCCCGUAUAUUCGCGAAUUUGUUCGCCGGCAUUCCCCGUCAAGUCCAUUAAUGGCAGAAUUUGACAGGGUGAAGCGGUUAUACCAGGACCACCAAUCUGGCAUCCACGAGAAGCUAGUGGAUAUUAUGAGUGCUCGGUCGACAAUGCAUGUCAACGCAAUGAAGAAGGUUGACUGGGAGAAGCCUGCAGGCCCUACUGCGGUAAACCCUUACAUGGAAACCUUGACGAAGGAGACGGGAACAUUACAUCGCGUUUUGAGCAAACAUCUUCCAGAGUCAACCGUCUUGAUGAUUAUGAAUCCAGUCUUCAAUAGCUACCGGGAACAAUGGACCCGAGCGUUUGAAGAAGCGACGGUCAAGAGCCAGGCAGCCAAGCAGAGGAUGCAAAACGACGUGGAGCACUUCAAAACGAAGAUGAACAAGAUAGCAGGCUCUGAUGACUUGGGUGACCGACUCCUGGAAUUGGUCAAAGCGAAGAAGACGGAAGCACCAACGUCUGAGAAGAAUGGGGCAGUGGACUCUUCGAAAUCCACUGCCGAAAAGACAUAGAUGACAAUCAAUGGUGAUGGUAGGAUACGAUGGCCUUGUUCAUUUUCAUUAUACAUAUUUCCUUCUUUCACGGGUCUGCACUAUUAUUUGAACAGAGCGCAUAGGUCUGGUGGGCAUUCCUGGAAUUGCAGAAAGAUCCAACAAGUCCUUUUCUUCUUUUCUUCUAUUUUCUCCUUUUGUCAUGGGUUCUUUAGCAUGGGGAUGCUGCAGGGAUAUCACCUUCUAUGUUUAUUUUCUUAUACUCCACAAGUUCAGAGCAAGGGGUUUAGGCAUUUGAUAUUUACCUGGAUUGAUCCUGUCGUUCUUGGAGAUGAUAAACACUGCAAUAUAAUAGAACCAGGUGGACUUCGGUAUUCCUGAGGCAUCAGACAGCAACAAGAACUUCUCCAAUCCCCUAGUUUUUCAACCGACACACGAGAUAAUACCUCUGAGAAGUAUACUGGUUGCUA